AUGGUGCUGUUUAUCUCGACCAAUUCUUGUGAGCGGAAGUAUGCUUGCUGUGGAGGACGCUCGCGACCAAGGCGGCCUCGAUGCCAUACGGGAUUGUCGACACAGGUCAACGCCGUGCCAUGUGGCCUCCGAGCGGGCCGACAGCAGGCUUGCUGGGCCACUGUUGACUGUUUGUGAGCUGUGGAACGAGACCUAACCUUCGUAGCGCAAGCGAGACUCAAUCACCUUUAUCGAGUUGCUCGAGUGUUGUUGAGCCUGCAUCUUGUCUUUGCCGACGUCCGCCUCGAGUGAUGUCGAGUGGAGGUGGAGGUUUCUACUUCCGUGUCAACAGCAUUGAGAUGCACCAUCCCGACGCAAUCUUCUGUCCUCGUCCUCCACCCCACCUCGCCGCAUGAUAUCCCUCUCCUCCCUCGUCCCGCUCCUCGGCCUCCCGCCCAGCGCGGAGCUCUCCGCAUCCCUCGCUCGCGCCCUCUCCCCGGAGGCCAAAGCCGCCAACAUACCCGAGAUCAAGACAUACCCCGACGCAACGUACCACAACUACUACGCGCUCGGCGUGUCGCUGUGUUUCCGCCCCGCCUCCCCAUCAAUCCUAGUACUGGACAGCAUCGACAUCUUCAACCCCCCAUCCCCUUCCCCUUCCUCCUCGUCCUCCACCACCUCACGCUCUAAACCGACAUACGCCCCCCCGCCGCCCCUCCUUCUCCCCUUCGCGGAUCCCGAAGUCGUUCUCCCCCCGCGCAAGGGCGAGGGGGAGGUGCGAUAUCCCCGCCCCGAUCUUGUCGUGGUGCGCGAGACGACGGGGCGCGAGGUCGUGCGCGCGCUCGGCGAGCCCAGCCGUAAAGGCGCGGGCGGGUGGGUUGGCGUAUGGCUUGAGUGGGUCGUGGCGCUCAGAAUGGGCGAGGGGCGCGUCGAGGUAGGCGUUAUGCUCGAGCUGUCGGAUCCGAAGAGCGAUGGGGAGGAGGCCAAGGCGAAGGGCGUGGGCGGGGUGUGGGAUCGCGCAGCCGGGUGGCCGUGGGCGAGCAUCAAGGUGUUCCGGCCGACGAAGAAGUAGAACUCCUUCGACAGCGCGGGCACAUUGACAAGCGUGUGCUCCAGAUUGACUUCUCAUUGGCAGCUCCCUUCCUCGCCUGCCUCCCUCACACACUCGCCCCACACCAGCACAUUCUACACUAUGCAUCUUCUAGUCGCAUUCUACAC